AUGAAUAGAGGAGAAAAUUUAGAUUCCAUCCCGAUUGAUCUCGUCCUCGAGAUAUUCUCGAGGUUGUCUGCAAAGUCAGUCGGGAGGUGUUGUUGCGUGUCGAAGCUAUGGAGGUCCACGCUUGGCUGUCCAUAUUUCACCGAGUUGUUCUUGACCAAGUCCACGGAAUAUCCACGUCUCUUAUUUGGUGUCAAAAGAAACGGUGAGUGGCUCUUCUUCUCAGCGCCUCAGCCUGAUCAUAAUAAUCUUUAUGAGAAGUCUUCGUCUCCUGUAGUAGCUGCCGCCGAUUUUCAUAUGAAGUUUUCUGAAGACAUAAGCCAACAGAAAUACGAUUGUAGCUAUGUUUCUGGUUUGAUAUUUUUUAAUAAAAUGUGGAUCCAAAAGAAGGGUAUGGCUCCACUGCGGGUGAUAUGUAACCCUAUCACGGGACAAUAUUCCAUCUCACAACUGGUAACGUACAAAGAGAUAAGAAGCCUUUUAGGGUUUGAUCCGAUUGACAAACAAUUCAAGGUAUUGCGCAUGAGUCAUGGAUGCGUACACCAUGUUCUGACAUUAGGUACCGGAAAAAUGAAGUGGAGGAAGAUCCAAUGUCCCUUAGCCCAUUCUGAGCCUAUAGAGAAAGAGAUAUGCAUCAAUGGGGUUUUGUGUUACUUGUCUUACUUAGCUGUAGAUGAACCAAUUGACGGAACACCGACUUUGUUGAUUGUUUGCUUUGAUGUUAGAUCUGAGAAAUUUAAGUUUAUUGACGCAAAAUCCUUUGGUGAAGAAGUACCACAACUGAUUAACUAUAAGGGUAAAUUAGGUGGGAUUAUUUGGAAGUGUCACUACAUUGGUCCAUGGCGUACCCUUACCUUGUGUAUGUGGGUUCUAAAGGAUGCCGAGAAACAAGAAUGGUCCAAAAAUGCCUACACUUUGCCGAAGAAUCAAUUCCGUGAUUCCUACUAUUUCUCUGUUGCUGGAGUUACUGCUAAAGGUGAUAUUGUUUUUUUGGACACCCUAACAUCUAAACCGUUUUAUGUUUUCUACUUCAAUCCUGAAAGGAACAUUAUCCAACGCGUUGAAAUCCUCGGUGACUAUGAAGUGUUUGCCAAGCCGUGUCUAGUUUACGCCUUUGUAGACCAUGUAGAGGAUCUUAGUUUUAAUAUUAUUAAGAAAAUAUAUGUUGCAACAUCUAUAAGCCCACCACCGCCAGAGCAGAAACCUAACCCCACGAGCACAGAAGCAUCGUCUAGAAAGGUUCAUCAUCGUGUAAGGACCAUUGCUCGCCCGCUACAAGAUCGUCCUUCGUUUGAGAGUAUUAAUAAAUUUAAUGCUUUUCAUCUUUUAGAUGAUGAUGACCAAUUUACUAUUGCUCGCCCGGGACAGAGUCGUCGUUUAUUUGAGAGCAUUGGCAAAUAAACUGCUCCAAGAGAGAUCGAUCCUAGUAGACUUUCAGCAGGUCUAUGCGACAUGGAUGAAGUAACGGCGGUCCAAGAGCUUCAUAUCUGGUCUAUAACGGUCGGCAAAGUCUCUCUAUCUUGCCAUGUUAGGAUCAAGCCUGAGGCAGACACAGACGCUACGCUUGAGAAGGUGACUGAGUAUAUAAAGAGAGAGCAUAAAAUCAUUCAUGUAACUAUUCAAGUAGAGAGGGAACAGAACCCUUAAUUAGUUCU